UUAUUCAUUUUAUGGGUUGUUUGUUUGUUUUUUGCUGAAUUUAAAUAUUCUGACAGACUGGGUUAUUAUUAUUAUUAUUAUUAUUAUUAGUAGUAGUAGUAGUAGUAGUAGUAGUAGUAGUAGUAGGAGGAGGAGGAGGAGAGGUGCUGGUGGUAGUAUUAGUAGGGAUAUUAGUAUUAUUUGCAGGAUUAAUUGUAUGGUGUUGGGGUGGGGGUUGGGGGGCCGCAGCCCGGGGCCGCAGAGAUCCUGGCUCCGGCUCUUCGCUGCUUCUCAAACCGCAGCGACGUCAUUUGCUCUAAAUGAGAAAAUAAACGUUUUCUCUAAACUGUUGACUCCGUUGGCCACAGGAGGGCCCCCUGUCCCCUGUGCCGCCUGCAGACCUCCACACCUCUCUCCUCAUUUCGAGCCUUUGCCAAAUUCCCUCCUCCUCCUCCUCCUCCUCCCUCCUCCUCCUCUCUGCCUGCCAGUAGCUCCUCUCAGGCCGCGGAGGGGAGCGCUCAUACCCCGCUGUCGGCGUUUAGCGGAUGGGGCUCUCAGCUUGAGCCGGAGGGAGGAGGAGAGAGAUGAACGGUAACCCGUGUGCCCGCAGGCUGGCCCGGCGCUCCAGGUCCGCCCUGCUGCUCGCCGCUCUGGCCGUCCUGCUGGUCCAGACCCUCAUCGUGUGGAACUUCAGCAGCCUGGACUCUGCGGGCGGGGACGGAGGCGCCAGGAGCCGGGAGAAGAGAGAAGACCGAGCCGGGGGGCUCAACAAAGCCGACGGGGAGCACCCGCGGAGGGGGCUGCGGAGGACGGGCGACCCGCCGCCGCCGCCGCUGCUCGGGAAGGCGGCUGUUCGGCACAAGCUGCAGGCGGACGUCUACCACUCCCACCGCCCUAAAGAGAAACUUCGCCUGGACAGCAACAAUAACGAGAACUCGGUCCCCAAAGACUUUGACUCCAUCGACAGCAACAGCAACCUGGGAGCGCAGUCCCAGCACCAGCGGGCGCCGGUCGGAAACAGCAAACGAAAGCUGGACAAGGCCCAGGUGCAGAGCAUGCUGGGAAAAUCCCCCAACGAGGUCCUGAAGUUCCCUCCCCUCCAACCCAGAGGGAUCGGGCACAGUCACAACCGUACCCACAUCCAUAAACCCCACCCGCAGGCGCCCACCGCCCCCGCGCCGGCCCAGGAGGCCAAUCAGGAUCCGGCGCUCCAGCAGUCGAAGAAGCCGUCCGGUCCGGAGCCGAGGAAGGAGCAGCCGCAGUGUGAGAUCGGCGGGAAGGAAGCCAUCUCCGCUCUGUCCAGAGCCAAGAGCCGGGAGUGUCGGCAGCAGAUAGUGGAGGUGUACUGCAAACACAAAGAGGGGGCGCUGAUGCCCGAGAGAGUGCCUCGAUACUGCCCCAGAGAAGGUAAGGCUAACGUGAACGUACAGUGGGACGAGGACCCCGCAGACGCUGCCCAGCCAGUGCCUGUACGCAUCGCCUUCGUCCUGGUCGUCCACGGCCGAGCCUCGCGUCAGUUCCAGCGUCUCUUCAAAGCCAUCUACCACACCUCGCACUACUACUACAUCCACGUAGACCAGAGGUCCAGCUACCUCCACAGAGAGAUCCUGUCUCUGUCCAGCCAGUACCCAAACGUCCGGGUCACUCCUUGGCGGAUGGCCACCAUCUGGGGCGGGGCCAGCCUGUUGACCAUGUACCUACGCAGCAUGGAGGACCUCCUCAAAAUGGCCGACUGGUCCUGGGACUUCUUCAUCAACCUGAGCGCUGCCGACUACCCCAUCAGGACCAACGAACAGCUGGUGGCUUUCCUGUCAAAGUACCGCAGCAUGAACUUCAUCAAAUCUCACGGCAGAGACAACGCACGUUUCAUCCGGAAGCAGGGCCUGGACCGUCUCUUCUACGAGUGUGACACCCACAUGUGGCGUCUCGGCGACCGCAAGAUCCCAGACGGCAUCGCGGUGGACGGAGGCUCUGAUUGGUUCCUGCUCAACCGGCCCUUUGUGAAUUAUGUGGUCAACUCCCGAGACGAGCUGGUCAGCAGCAUGAAGCGCUUCUACGCCUACACACUGCUGCCAGCGGAGUCAUUUUUCCACACCGUGCUGGAGAACAGCGCCCACUGUGAGACCAUGGUGGACAACAACCUCCGGCUCACCAACUGGAACCGCAAACUGGGCUGUAAGUGUCAGUAUAAGCACAUCGUGGACUGGUGCGGCUGCUCGCCCAACGACUUCAAACCUUCAGAUCUGCCUCGAUUCCAGCAAGCGUCCAGACCCACCUUCUUUGCCAGGAAGUUUGAGGCCAGCGUCAGUCAGGAGAUCAUCAGCCAGCUGGACUCCUACCUGUUUGGAGCGUAUCCCUCGGGCACCCCGGGCCUCCAGGCCUACUGGGAAAACAUCUAUGAACAGGACACGGACGGGCCUGCCAGCCUAUCAGACUCCGCCCUCAGCCACUAUCACGCCUUCGCUCGUAUGGGAUUAUCCCGCGCUGCCAGCUCCCUGCAGGGUCAUCCCAACGACAACAGCUGCAGGUACAUGGCCAUGAACCACCCGGUGUCAGUCCACCUCUACUUCCUGUCAGACCAGUUCCAGGGCUACCUCGUGCGUCAUGUGGCCACCAACCGAGCCUCCACCCAGCUGGAGAGCCUGGAGACCUGGGUGACACCCAGAGACCACUUCACCAUGGCCAGCCCCCCCCCUCCCACCAACAGGCUGCAGCACGUCCAGGUGGGGACGGACUGGGAUCCUAAGGAGCGUCUCUUCAGGAACUGGGGGGGUCUGCUGGGUCCAGAGGACGAGCCCGUGGCCGUGCAGCGCUGGAGCCGAGCUCAGAGCAACCUGACGGCCACCGUGGUGUGGGUCGACCCCACCAACGUCAUCGCCGCCACAUACGACAUCCUGGUGGACGCCUCCGCUGAGGUCACCCACUACCGGCCGCCGCUCACCGCGCCGCUGAGGCCCGGCGUGUGGACGCUGAGGGUGCUGCACCACUGGAGCCCGCUGGGCCAGACCAGCUUCAUCGUGGCUCCGCUGGAGUUUCACCGACAACAGCCCAUACAGCAAGAGGACGCUCUGCGGCUGCACGCCGGCCCGCCCAGGAACUCCUACAUGGAGCAGAGCUUCCACGGCCUCAACCCGGUGCUGCGGCUGCCGGUGAGCCUGGGCGCCGUGGAGGAGGCCGAGGCCAACGCCGGCCUGACGGGGGCGCCGCUGCGUCGCUGGCUGGACCGGCUGCUGGAGGGCCACUGGUCGGCCUCGGACGUGUGCUCGAUGGGCCCCAGCGCCUGUCCCGUCAUGCAGCGAUGCCGCCACACCGUCUGGAGCUCCGCCAGCCCCGACCCCAAAUCUGAACUGAGCCCACCCAGAGACGACGGACGGAUCAGGUAGCAGACGGACGGACUGAUGGAGGAGAGGAACAAAUGAAGGAAGGCACAGAGCUGAUGCCAUUUUAGUGUCGUAUUUAUUUAUUUAAAGUUUGUGAAUGAGGAGAGAGAAGGAAGGAUGGAAGCACAGAGGCAGCGACGAGAAGGAGAGGAACAGACUCAGUCCUCAGUCUGCUGCUCUCACUGAUGUUUGGGACUACAAACUGUGUGUGUGUGUGUGUGUGUGUGUCAGAAGAACUGUAUACCUCUACGCUGUGUGAGUGUGUUUUACAUGUCGAGAGGCUGAGGCUGUUUCCAGUCAUCCUGCAGCUGCCCUGGAAACUUUGUUUUUUUAAAGUCAACAGUUCAUAUUGUUUAACUGUUACUAUCUCGUCAUCUCAGUAACAAAAGCAGAAGAUUCUGUGUGUGAAUCCAGAGGCCGGUUAUUCAUUCAUCUGGAGAGAUAAUGGGUCUAAAAAAGUUAUUAACCACAGAUGUUCUCACACAGAGCCAGAGAGGUUUCUGAUAAAUUUUUGCACACAACAUACUUAUAUUAUUCCUUCAGUUUGGUUAGCCCAAAAUUAAACAACCAGUAACUUAAAAAGUACAAUAUUUGCCUCCAUACAAGUACCUCAGAGUUUUAUUUAUUUGAGUAAACUACCUAAAGAAGUUACUGAAAACUUUCCCCAUUCACACCAGUCAGCUGUGUGUGUGUGUGUGUGUGUGUGUGUGUGUGUGUGUGUGUUCUCUCUUGUUUUUCUUUGUGUGCCAUGUCUGAAUCUUUCAGACCGCCUGAGACUUGAAGAGAUUCACCUCCUGUUUCCUCUUUUCUUUUAACGUCACUCAUCUUUUAUUUGCUCUUUGCUGUAGGAACUGAUGUGACUGUGUCAAAGCAAACAACUGCUAUGUGAGUAAUUUAUUAAGAAGUUUAUAUAAAAACAAGUUAGUUUCUUUUUUUAAUUACGUGUCUAAUUCACUGACUAGUAUUUGAUAUGCUGAUUUUUGGUGCAGCAGAGGAGAUUAGUUUUGUGCCUUUGUUUCUAAAGGCCCUGUCAGGACUGAUGGUGGAUGUCUGCCUCGGUCAGUUUUAAAUCGAUAUCAGCAGAAUUAAACGGCCUCCUCUCCUCACUGCUCUGUGACUUCUCUGCUCACAUUUCAAACAAGUUUAUCACAGCCGCCGUGCUCAAACACAGCUGCAUUUUAAACCAGGGAGGUUGUUUUUAUGAGUCAGUUCAGUUUGUCUCUGUUGAUAUUGGAAUAUUUCAUAUGAAGAACUUUUAACAGAACUUCCUGUGGGUUCAGUGUUGAGGGGAGGAGGCCGCUCACGACGUUUAGCUGCACCUUUAGGUUUCCAUGCUGCUCACUGAUGGAUGUUGUGCCCAGACAGCUGCAGACAGCAGCAAAUAUUUAUACCAGGUCUGGGUUGCACCAGUAAGCAUGAAGAGUUACCCUAUGUCCAGUCAGCUCACAGUGAUACAGACUGAGGGGAGGCUGCAUUAUUAUUAUAAUAUUUGUUUGACUGUAAAAAUGCACACAGCGAGCUCUAGUGAAACAGUCCCAGCUCCACAGGGUUCCUCCAUGUCUACAAGUCAGAUUUUCCAGGGGAAACAGGCUCUGUCCAAAGGGAACAGCAGCUCUAAAGCUCACUGAUCAACAGGACACAGCAAGACUCAAGGAAGUCACUGCACCGAGCCAAAAGUCAGUCCAGCACACGACCCACACGUUGUCAUUUAUACACCUCAGUUUUUGUACAGUGAACAGUUUAAAUAUAAAAUGUUAGUCAGUGAGUUUCAGAGGACAGAGCCUAGCUAGCUCUCUGUUUCCAGUCCAGUGCUAAGCUAAGCUAACAGCAAGAAAGCUAGUGUGAGUACUUUUUAAGUAACUACAGCCUGGCCUAACUCUACAUAGAUGGUGUUCAUAUUUCCAACAUUUACCACAGUGUCACUCACAGAUUAAUCUAGAUAUGUGAAUUAGGAUUUUAAGACUAAAUGGUGCAAGAUAAUCUCAUUUAACAAAUUCUAAUACGUAGUGGUGCAGUCCAUCUUAGUUAUUGUUCGUUACCAUAAAAAGGGAUGUUUAAUAUUUCACUAAAUGAUUGCAGUGUGUAGUUACCAUGUACAGUGAUAAUACUGGGACCAGAACUGGAGACCGGUGAAGUUUAGAAAGCUCAUGGCGAACAGUCACCACUCACAGGACACAAACAGUACGUCGUAUUUAUUCUAGAAAAGAUUGUGGCUGUUUUCUCUAAUUGAUUAUUUGAAAUGAUGGAGACAUGGUGCAGAUGUUUGGUUUGUUGAGCAGUCGGCUGCUGUUUGACCUUAUCACAGCUACUCUCUGUUGAACAGCAGUAAACAUCUAAUCCCAGUAAAUAUUUCAUUCCAGUUUAAUCCAACAGUAAUUUGACUUAAAGUUUGUAUCCUCACAUUUCCACCAGAUAGAUGCCAGAUCAGAAUCACUGCCAUCCUAAAGUUUAAACGUUCUUUAUCAUCCACGCUUCGAUCCAAACAGAUAAUACUUUAUUUUACAUCCCAGCACUUUAGCAUAGUGUCAAAAAAUGUCCUAAACAUUUUUUUAAAACUUUAGGAAAGUGACAGUAAAUGACAGAAAAUUCAGCUUUUAUUUACUUUCUGUUCCUGCUCAAGGUAAAAAGUGUUGAUUUGAAAAUUAAGAGCCAUUUUAUGUCCAAUGUGUAUUUUUCAUAUGAUGAGUGAAUCAAUGUAAAUCAGUAUUUUGUAUAAUACCUAACAGGUGAUGUACAGUUAAGUUAAUGACUGGUAAGGUCCAGGUGUUUGGACACAGUGCUGUGAUGGUGCCACAGAAGUGAAGUGACUGUUUUUAAAGAGGAGUUUUCAGACAUUUUGAUGGUGUGAAAAUGUUGUUCAGAUGUUGAUGAAGUCUUCAGAUUCUGGAGGAAAAUCCCAGCUGAGAGGUUUGUUCUUUUCAUACUUUUUAUUUUGGCCUCAUGCUGUUUGUUUCUUCUCUACCCAGUACCAACCUUUUAGUUUUUAUUUUUUAGAUUUCUGUCUUUUCAGUGCCAUUUCUUUGUCUUAUUGUCUAUUUGGUUUUUUGCUCGCUCUUCUUUAUUGUUCUCUCUCUGGGGGUAGUGUUGUGCCUUAGCUGUACUCCUGUUUUAGGAAACCCUCUCUGAAAGCAUCAAAACUGUCUCAAAUAUCCAAAAACCAAAAAAAGAAUUGUUGUGAAUGCCUUAUAAAUGACCGUAGUGGUUUUGAAGUACAAUUUUGGAAAUAAAACAGAAUCUCCCUUUA